CCAGGAGAAGCGACCAUGUCCAUCGCCGCCUCCAACGCCAGUAUGAGGGUGCCCGCCGGCUUCCGGAACCUGCUGGAGGGGCUGACGCGGGAAGUGCUGCGGGAGCAGCCCACCGACGUGGUGGCCUUUGCAGCGCAGUACUUCCAAAAGCUGCUGGAGAGCAGAGAGGCUAGUGGCAUUGACCCGGUGGCGUGGGGAGCCAUGCUGGAGGACGACCGUCUCACCUGGCCUCCUUCCACGGACCUGAAAGAGGCCAAGGACAUGGAGGGAAACAGUGAUGUCAGUGGGACAGGGAUGCGAACGGAGGUGAUGAUGAAGAUGAUGGUGGUGGCAAAGAGGAAGGCUCGCCCGGAGGAAAGCGCAUUACGUAGGCAAGCGGCUCCGCUCAACUUGCCACCUGCGCCGGGAGAGCUGCCGGGGAAGCGAGAUCCUGCCGGAGCCCCUCGCCCGCCGCUGGCCGCCCACCCGCCCUCCGCCAUGGACUGCUGCAAUGAGGGAGCCUGCACAAAGCUGGACGAGGACAUCCUGGACAUCCCUUUGGACGAUCCCGAUGCCAACGCGGCAGCUGCCAAGAUCCAGGCUAGUUUCCGUGGCCAUAUGACCCGCAAGAAGAUCAAAGGGGGCGAGAUUGAUCGGAAAACCAAGGACGCCGAGUGCGCCAACAGCACCCGCGGCGGCGACCUCCGCAACGGCGACUAGGGGCCACCAGCUGCUCAGUGGAAACCCCUCACCACCGACCCCCUCCCAGCGCUGCCCGCCGAGGCCCAGGAGCCCCCGCUUCACCCCCUGCCCCCCGCAUGCAUCCCCCGGGGUCCCCCCACAGCCAGGCCCUGCCCCUGUCCCUGGCUGCCCCCUCCCACCCCAGACACCCCCGGCCCCAAUAAACGCCCCUGCCAGAGCCCCGGGCUGUCCUCGGUGCCUUCUGAUGCCACCGGCAGAGCGGUGAGGUCACAGCGGGCAGGGGUGGGAGGGCUGUGGGGCAGGGGGUGCCAGCAGGGAUCUCCCAUGUGUGUGUACAACAUGCUGCAGGCACGUGUGACAUCACUGCCAGGUGUGGGAUGUGACAUCAGGGUGUGCUGUAACAUCACUCGUGGGUGGGAGAUGACUUGGGAGGUGCUGGCAUGAGAAGGGUGGUUAUGUCACUACUGCACAAGUGACAGCUGCUGUGACACCAUGCAGGUGUGUGUGACGUCACUGCUGGGUGUGUGACACCAUACAGGUGUGUGUGACACCAUACAGGUGUGUGUGACAUCACUGCUGGAUGUGUGACACUGUACAGGUGUGUGUGACACCAUACAGGUGUGUGUGACAUCACUGCUGUGUGUGUGACACCAUACAGGUGUGUGUGACACCAUACAGGUGUGUGUGACGUCACUGCUGGGUGUGUGACACUGUACAGGUGUGUUUGAUAUCAUACAGGUGUGUGUGAUGUCACUGCUGGGUGUGUGACACCAUACAGGUGUGUGUGACACCAUACAGGUGUGUGUGACAUCACUGCUGGAUGUGUGACACUGUACAGGUGUGUGUGAUGGCUGGAGUGACAUCGUUCCACUGUGUGUGAUGUCACUACCAGGCGUGACUGUGGGUGUGACAUCAUACAGGCACGUGUCACAUCCCUGCUGUGUGAUGGUAAGUGUGACAUCCCUGAUGGACAUGUGACAUGCCUGUAUGGCAUCAUCCAGGCCUCAGUCAGGUGCUGUGAUGUCACACACUCAUUGUGGCAUUGUAUGUCCUGACACAGGGAGUGACAUCACGGUCAUGGGUGUGACAUCACGGUCAUGGGUGUGACAACACGUGCAUUGUGAUGUCACCUCACCCUGAGGAGCUUGGCUGGUGCACUGUGACAUCACCCUGCCCUAUGACAUCACCCAGAAGGUUGGGACAUCCCACCCCGCCUCGAAAUCCGCACAAACUCACCCAAAGCGCCGGUGCUGGGCAGCGCAGCAGCUUUUAAUCAGAAAACCCCUAAAAAAAGUGUGUGUGUGUGUGUGUGUGUGUCCCCAUCACCCCCCCUCCCCCCACCCCACUUUCUUUUGUGAAAAAAUCCCUCAUUUCACCUGAUAUAUAGAUAUAGAAAAAAAAAUCAUAAGAAGGGGACCCCCUGAGGCAGGGCUGGGGCUGGUUUGGGGGGUGAUAUUUAUGGGGAGACUCGGUCCCUCCAAACGCAGAGAGCCCCUGCACCCAUUAAACACACCCACGAUGA